AUGGGUUCCCAACCGUCUAAGACCGCCCCCGUCGACCCUUCCAGCGAGAAGGCUCUCCUUGAGCGCCUGCGCCGAUUUCAAGUCAACGACGAGGAGUUCACCAAUAUGGACAGCGCAGGCUCCGACGAGAAGAGCGACAUCAAGCUCCUCCGCGAGCCUGAGGGCUUGCCAGUUCACCUAACGCAGUCAUGGCAAUCCCGCUUCCUCUCCGACCCGAAGAACAAACUUGCUCUCACAGCCCUCAGCACCGCCGAUCCCCGAACGGUGCUAACUUCAACCUCGGCCAAACUCUCCGACCCUCAAAUCUUCAACGUCAAGAUCCCCUUCGAAGGCGGCCCUAUCACCAACCAGCGCUCCUCAGGUCGCUGCUGGCUCUUCGCCUCCACAAACACCUUCCGCGUCGCCCUCAUGAAGCGCUACAACCUGGAAAGUUUCGAACUGUCCCAGUCAUACCUCUUCUUCUGGGACAAGCUCGAGAAGUCCAACUACUUCCUCGAGCAGAUCAUCGACACGGCCCACGAGGACCUGGACGGAAGACUCGUGCAAGCUUUGCUGGGUGAUAUCGUCAGUGAUGGCGGGCAGUGGGACAUGGUGUACAACCUGGUGCAAAAGUACGGCCUGGUUCCGCAGGCCUUGUAUCCCGACAGCUGGAACGCGAUGAACUCAAGCGUGCUGAACUCCAUCGUCAAGACGAAGCUGCGCGAGUAUGCUCUGAUCUUGCGCCAGCAGAUCCGCUCCGGCGAGGCGACCGCCCAGACUCUGUCUUCGGCCAAGGAGAAGAUGGUGAGGGAGAUCCUGAGCAUCUUGACGCUCACUCUUGGCCCGCCGCCGAACCCGCGCGAGGAGUUCACCUGGUCAUACCUGGACAAGAACGGCAAGGCCCACGAGCUCAAGACGACACCCGCUGCCUUUGCAAAGGAUAUCUACUCCUCCGAUUUCCGCAUCACAUCCGCCGUGAUCGACAGCAUGGUCUCACUCGUCCACGACCCGCGCCACGAGCCACUGACACUCCUGACCGUCGACAGACUCGGCAACAUCGUCGGCGGCCGCGGGGUCACCUACGUCAACGUCGACAUGGCCGCCUUGAAAUCCGCGUGCGUCUCCAUGCUCAAGGCCGGGCUGCCAAUCUUCUUCGGCUCGGACGUUGGCAAGUUCAGCAACUCCGCCUCGGGCAUCAUGGACCUCGACCUCAUCGACUACGAGCUCGGUUUCGGAGUCUCAACGCUGGGCAUGGACAAGGCCAGCAGGCUGAGAACGGGGGAGAGUGCUAUGACGCACGCCAUGGUUCUGACGGCUGUGCACCUCGAUGCCGAGGGCAGGAGUGUGCGGUGGAGGGUGCAAAACAGCUGGGGCGAGAGCGCGGGCGACAAGGGCUGGUUCGUCAUGAGCGAUGCCUGGAUGGAUGAGUUUGUGUACCAGGCCGUCAUCGACCCGCGGUUCCUCAGCAAGGAGGUCAAGGGGGUUACCGGAACCGAGCCGACGGUGCUGCCCCUGUGGGAUCCGAUGGGCAGUUUGGCGUAA